AUGGGAUAUAAAAUAUAUUCUAACUCUGACUUAGUUCAAACAGUAACAUGGGCAAACUAUGAAUGGUUCGCUUUGAGAAACUCAGUACAACCACAAGCUAGAGAACAAACAGACCAGUAUGCAAAUAUUGAGAAAAUAAGAAGACUUGACCCUAACGUUCCAGGAGUUUAUGUUAACAUUUCUGGACAAACUGCAGCAGCAGUAACCAAAGUAAAACUGAAACUUAGAGUUCCUUUGUCAUCUUUCCUCAUCUUCAGGUUUUUAAGAUACUUGCCAAACUGGGCAGGAAAAAUUUCUAUCGAACUUACUCCAAGCAAAAAUAACUUAGUCAUUGCACCAACACAAGACCCAUUCACUAUUACAGACGUAAAGGGAACAAAUCAAACAUCAUUCGCCGAAUUUUGCAAAGACAAAGUUGACUUAGACUUUGGUUUCUCAAACUUCAACAAUGAAGUAAACUAUUAUUUCAAUGCUGCUGGAACUGCUUGGGACCCAGUUAAGUUCACAUGCGAAAAGUUUGAAUGCAAGAGAAUAGAAAGCAGACUUGCAGUCUAUAUGUUGGACCCAGAUAUUUCAAAUGCUUUAGCUGCCAAAUAUAUUGCAGUUCCACUUAUGUUCCCUAUACACCAAAUAUCUGUCAAAGACUUUGCAGGUGAAGUUGGAAACCAAAGUGCUGACCCAGGUGCAAGAACAGAUAUUGCUUUAACAACUGCAAUGAAACAUGCAGAUACUAUGUUUGUACUGUUCAGACGAACUAUAAAUGACUAUUCUUGUUUCUACAACCCUGGUAUUAAAUAUCAUAUAAACAUAGAUGGCAAAUAUUAUCCAAGAGAAGAAUAUUCUACAGUUGAGGAUAUGAG